GACACUUAAAAUUUUUUAUUUUUCAAGUAUUAAAAAUACUAAAAAUAUUUAUUACAAUCACUUACUCUACACUUACCCACUCACUCUAUGAGAAAUAAAGUUGGGUUAAGUAACUUGGGUAAGAGUUCGGGUAAAACCGUAAAAGUAGUUGUUUUUUAACUUUGGUUGAGUUUGGGUUACCUAUUAACCCGACCAUCCUAGGAAAAAUGACCAGAUCUUUUGACUUUUGGGUUAGAUUGACUUGGAAGACUCCUCGAAAAGUGCCAAAGUAAGCUUCGUGGAAACCCAACCAUGGGCCCCCAUUCCCAUUUGCUAGAGCGUUGCGAAGAAAUUUCCAGUAAAGUUCCAAAGCCCUAAAAUUGUCAAUUUCCCAAUUUCUUGAUCAUCUCCCAGAUGUUUCCUCGAAAUCCUUCAAGUGAUUCAAUAUAUACACACCGCAACAAAUUGAUCUGCCCAUAGCAUCUCUACUUGCUUACUAUCUUCUUCUUCUUCUUCUCUGUUUUCUGACAAUGCUAAGUAACCAGCGCGGAAGCAUGGAGGACCUUAUGCCUUGCAUUUCCUACUGUUUCUUGACCACCAACUGUAUGAGCACAAUCUACAAAGCCUACGUCCACGACGACUACGUCAUGGUCGCCUUCAUCAUCUACGUCUACAUCGGCCUCUUCAUGCUCGACCGAUGCUUGACCGCCUUCCACCACCUGCCCCCGCGGGAGUCGUCCCCCAAGAAGACCUUCCUGAAAUUCGCGAUAUGGUUCCUGACAUCAUCGAUUCUGUUCGGGUUUGUUUGCGAAUUUGCGCCGCUGUUUUCGGUGGUCGGGGCGGUAGCUCUGUUUGCGAUUGUGGUGGUUGGGUGUUCAGGGCUUUUUUAUGUGUAUUUCUUCCUGGAUGAUAAGCCUGCCAGUGAGGAGAGUAGUGGGAAGAAGAUGGAGUUCGUUUCGGACCAAGUGUAAGCUCACCAUCUGUUUGAAAAAAAAAACGCGUGAGUGGUAGUUUUGAAUGGGAACAUCUACCCUUGUGUAUUUUUGAGAGCCUUGGUGUUAAUCUUUUAAAACAUGAUUAUAACUUUGGAAAAA